AGCGUUGAUGGUCACGAUAAUUUCUUUUGUUUUUUUCUAAUGUUACAUUAAGAAAAUUUUUGUUAAUUUUAUCAGAAAAACACGUAAAAAUGCAAAUUUAUAAACAAACUAUAUAUAAACAAUAUAAAUAGAUAACAUUAUAACGUAAUAAUCCAGCAACAACAAGGAAAACUAAACGCAGUGUCUCACACUCUUCCUGCCUGUCAGCCAACAACUUUUCAUAUUUUUUUGUAUAUUGUGCAAAAGAAAAACCUGUCAUCGUAGUUAUUUGUGUCAUUUGUUGACAACACCUGCUUGGCAAAGCCCCCGUUUGACGUUACGAUUCUUCUCCUUUCCUCCUCUUGUGCGUGUGUUUGUGUGGUAAGUGUGCUAAAACAGAAUGACAGACUACAGCGAUCUUGAUCGCCAAAUAGAGCAAUUGAAACGUUGUGAGAUUAUAAAAGAAAAUGAAGUCAAAGCUCUGUGCGCCAAGGCACGUGAAAUACUAGUGGAGGAGGGUAAUGUCCAGCGUGUAGACUCUCCCGUCACAGUGUGUGGUGAUAUUCAUGGCCAGUUCUAUGACCUUAAAGAACUUUUUAAAGUGGGUGGCGAUGUGCCGGAAAAAAAUUACCUGUUUAUGGGUGAUUUUGUGGAUCGUGGCUAUUACAGUGUUGAAACAUUCUUACUACUGCUCGCUCUUAAAGUUCGCUAUCCCGAUCGCAUAACACUGAUACGCGGUAAUCACGAAUCUCGACAAAUCACACAGGUCUAUGGUUUUUACGAUGAAUGCCUGCGUAAGUAUGGCUCCACAGCCGUUUGGCGCUAUUGUACUGAAAUCUUCGAUUAUCUAUCGUUGUCGGCCAUUAUUGAUGGUAAAAUAUUUUGUGUCCAUGGCGGUUUAUCGCCCUCCAUACAGUAUUUAGAUCAAAUUCGUACAAUUGACCGUAAACAGGAAGUGCCACACGACGGUCCCAUGUGUGAUCUAUUGUGGUCAGAUCCAGAAGAUCAAACUGGUUGGGGUGUUUCGCCUCGUGGCGCUGGUUAUCUAUUUGGUGCCGAUGUAGUCAUGCAAUUUACCAGAACGAAUGAUAUUGAUAUGAUUUGUCGUGCCCAUCAAUUAGUUAUGGAAGGCUUUAAAUGGCAUUUUGGUGAAGCAGUUUUAACGGUGUGGUCAGCUCCCAAUUAUUGUUAUAGAUGUGGAAAUGUGGCAGCUAUUUUAGAAUUAAAUGAGUACCUACACCGUGAUUUUGUCAUUUUUGAAGCAGCACCUCAAGAAAGUCGAGGUAUACCAUCUAAAAAGCCUCAGGCGGACUAUUUCCUUUAAGUAACCUCUAAAACGAUGAUUGAAUAAAUAAAAAACACACCAUCAUUAACAAACAUACAAAAAAACACACAAUGUCGACAAAAUAUCUAGAAAUCUUAAUAAUUUAACAUUAAGAAAUGAAUAUUUUUGUGGAACUGUAAAAAU